CUCGACUAUAGUAAGAACAUUGGCUGGACAAGACAACGGAACGAUGCGCACUUACCACCUGAAUCUAUUAGUGCUAAGUGCCGGCCUACUGGUCCUGCUGGCCAAAUCGGGCACUACGGCCCCCCAAGCGGAUGGGGAUGUACAGCAACUGACUCUACAGGAUGUAAAUCAGGCGGAGGAGCAGCAGGAGAUGCCGGGUGUGCGCCUGGCCAGGCAAUUCGGAUUCGGCCGUGGAGGAUUCGGCAGAGGACGCGGCGGAUUUGGCGGAAGGAGAGGCGGUGGAUUCUGCUGCGGCGGCGGUGGAUUCCGGAGACCCGGUUUCGGUGGCGGCGGAUUCGGUAGGUUCGGUGGAUUCCCACCGCCACCGCCCUUCUUCGGUGGCCCCUUCUACGGCUAGGUGUUAUUACUUUAAUGUGCAUAUAUGUGAUACGAUCAGACCAAGAUUAGCUGCUAAUAAAUCAACAAGAGCUGCUGCUCUAAUUAUCCUACCAACUGCAAAA